ACCUGCAGGCCUACCAACCUGAUCCUGAUCCUGAUCCUGAUCGACAGGGACGGCGGUGGCGACGGAGAUGGCGCUGCGCUGCGUGCUUUGCACCUGCCAUGUCCUGCCCGGCCCUGUAUGGCUGGUGGCAAGGCCAUGGGGCGAUGGCGCUGGCGGUCGUGUCGCACUGUGCCGGGCGUGGGCGUGGGCGUGACUGACUGACUGAUUGACUGCUAGAGGAGGAGGGAGGGGUAUAUCUUGGGGGUGAGGGUUCUUUUGUUGCUUCGUUUGCUCUCUCCCUCUUUUAUUCUCGGUGUAAGCCUCUCGGUGUAAGCUUCUCGUUCUUUGGUUAACCGUCGUUUUACACUAUGGUGCGCUUGGGCUUUGCGGCUGCGCUGCUUGGUGCGGCUUCUUCUUCUGCUGCCACUGCUUCGCUCGAGAAGCGUGCGGCGGAGGGCGUGCCGCAGUAUGUGCUCGACUAUGCACCACUGAGCUACCUCCACCACUCCGAAGCCUACUUCCCAGCCUCCAUCCCCGCACACCUCACGCACGUGCAACCAGAGACGAACUACACACCCAUAACGAGCGCGCCCGACCCUCUGACGCUGGACAACCUGGACCAGCUCUCCGACGCCGUCUACCUCACCUCCAAAGACGACGUCACCACCGACCCGGCCUGGCUGCGCGGCAGCAAGCCCGACUGCGCGGGCGCGACGGGCGAGGACCCCACUGCCGCCGUCGUGCUGGUCGAGAAGGGAACGGGGAUCCUCGAUGCGUUUUACCUGUAUUUUUACGCGUACGAUUGGGGCGGCGCGUAUUUGAGUGGCGCGAUUCAGGCGGGUAACCAUGUCGGUGACUGGGAGCACAAUAUGGUGCGUUUCGAGAACGGCACGCCGACGUACGUCUGGUACUCGCAGCACAGCAACGGGCAAGCUUUUGCGUACAAAGUGCUGCACAAGGACGGGAAACGACCCCUCAACUACAUCGCCAACGGCACGCACGCCAACUACGCCAUCCCCGGGACGCACGACCAUGCGAUCCCGAACCUGAACCUGCCGGCCGGGCUCGUCGAGGACCACACUGACGGCCCCGACACCCAGGGCGCGACGCGCUGGGACCCGCUGCUUGGGGCGUGGUUUUUCGGGUACAGCAACAGCUCUGGCUCGCCCGUGUUUACGGCGCUGGGGGCUGGGAGAGGGGGUGCGGAGGGGGAGUGUGCUGCUGCUGGUGCUCCGACUGUGGAUGCUGACGCGCAGGUCCCGACUAAUUGGCUGCUGUUUGAGGGCAAGUGGGGCGAUCAGGAGUAUCCGGAAAGUGACCCUAGGCAGAAGGACUGGUUUGAUGGCCUGUUGAAGAGGUAUGGGUCGGGGCCGACGGGGCCGGUGAGGAAGCAGUUGGGGCGCGAGAAGGUGUGUCCCGACAAUGGGAUUUUGUGUAUUCUGCGGUGGGUUCUGGGGCCGUGAGGGAACUGUGUAUAGUCAGUCUAUUUGUAGUUAAAGCUGAGAGAAAACGCGUCGCGUACAGCCGUAGGGCUGAAGCCCCACCGCGGGAGCUUUGACCUCGCUCCC